AUGAAGGGAGGAGGCGGUCGUUUCGGUGGUGGCAUGCGUUAUGGUGCUCGACCUAAAGGGGAUGAUGAUGAUCUAGAGGGUCCAAUGAGCCAGGAGGCAUUGGCUAAGUACUCCGAAGAGCUGUCAGCUCGACGGUCCUCCUACAAUCGUUGUUUCUUGCUUGUGGAGCUUGUUGAUAUCAUCGUAUUGGGGCUCUUGGAGAUCGUAUGGCACGGAAGUUUGAGUGCAUGGUUCCACUUGGACGUAGCCAGUGCAUACAACCCCUCCUUGAGUACAGUGGAUAUCUGGGCCUUGUGCGUAGUACGAUUUAUUGCGGCCGCUCUACACUUCAGCUCCAAACGUAAACUAGAAGUAACAAACUCCUUGUGUGGCUUCUGCAUCGCCUUCAUACUAUUCAAGGCUGCAUUGAUGCCCCGUAUGCAGGAAUUAAGUUUAAUGGGUUUGCUCGGGUUUGAGCUACUAGUCUGCCUGGUGGAUAUGGUCAUCAUUAAUAGGUUACAGAACACUGUUGGGGUAAUUGAGCACGUUCAGGAAUUCAAAAACUCUCUACUUAAUAAUGUAGAGGAUGGUCAUGCUGAUGGUGCAUCAGAAGCGGCCGAGCCCCAAUAUCGGUUCGAAGGCUUGGGGAUGUGGGAGACUCUGAAGGUAUUGAAACCAUACUUCUGGCCAACUACCCCGGCUACAGCUACUGGAGAAGAUGUCCGUCAUAAAGUUUUCAUCAACCGGUGUCGUGCUGCUGGUACAUGGUUCUGCGUUAUUCUAUCUAAGAUAUGUAAUGUGAUAUCACCUCUAUACUUGGCUUAUGCUACCAAUGAGCUUACAUCUCUUCUAAACAGCAAAUCGCCGGUACUGUCGAGCUCCCUGAUAUGGUAUAUCGUACUCUACGCCUUGCUCACAGCUCUAUCCAAGUCCUUCAAGGAGGCACAGUCCUUGAUGUAUAUCAGUGUACAACAGAGCGCAUAUGUGGAGAUAGCCAACCUAACGUUUAAGCAUCUCCAUGAGCUGUCUCUUGAUUGGCAUAUAAGGAAGAAGACUGGCAAUACUGUACGUAGCUUUACUCGAGGAGUCCAAGCUGCCCAGAUGAUGAUGCAGUACCUAUUCCUGUAUCUGGUUCCAACACUUGCAGAGUGUGUAGCAGUAACCCUUAUCUUCACUAUACACUUCAAUAACGCACGUCUAGCAGCUACGUGUCUGCUCGCGUUAGGGAUCUACAUAUACAUUACAGUAAAGGUGACCAUAUGGCGUAAGAAGUUCCGAGAAGGGACUAUGGUACAUGAUAAUGAGCUGCAUGAUAGACUCAAUGACUCACUUACCAACUACGAGACUAUCAAGUACUUUGGUAAUGAGGACUAUGAGCUGAUGGAGUUCACUAAAGCUGUGUCUCAGUUCCAGGCCUAUAGCAUGAUGACACAGGCAUCCCUCAGUAUACUUAACGUAGCACAAUUCGUAAUAUGUGCUACUACUAUUGUAUCACUCCUACUCAUGGCUGACGAAUCAGUGAUGGAUCAUAGUGACAUAGGUGCCUUCGUAGCUGUCAAUGCAUAUGUCCUCAAUUUAUUCGCCCCUUUAAGCUGGUUAGGGACCAUCUACAAUAUGGUAAUCAACUCCAUCAUCGAUAUGCAGUCCUUUGGGCAGCUUUUGAAGGAACCUCAUGAUGUGAAGGAUAAGCUUGGAGCGAUUGAGCUCGUGAGUAGGAUCCAGCCUGGUACCGUAGCAGAUCUAGUUGUAUUCGACCAUGUGUACUUCAAAUAUAGGAGGCAACCGGUGAGUCAUAUGAUAACCAACGAGGCCUGGUCCUCAACAGCAGCAGCAGCAGCUUCGCUUCAGUAUUCGAGGUCAUUGAGGGACUGCAGUUUCGUAGUGCCUGAGAACACAACCACUGCUAUUGUUGGAGUCACUGGCUCUGGCAAAACCACAGUCUCUAGACUACUAUUCCGCUUCUUUGACGUUGAUGAUGGUGCCGUACGUAUUGGUGGUUAUGAUGUCCGUGAUGUGACUCAGAAGAGUCUAAGAGCCCAGAUAGGAUGCGUACCACAGGAUGUAGUGUUGUUCAAUGAUACCAUCAUACACAAUAUACGGUAUGGUCGUCUUGAUGCAACAGAUGAGGAAUGCUGGGAAGUAGCUCGUAAGGCUAGGUUGGACCAGCUUAUUAAACAGCAGCUAGAUGGCAUGAAUACUGUUGUCGGUGAGAGGGGCCUUAAGCUCUCAGGAGGGGAGAAGCAGAGGCUGGCCAUAGCCAGGUGUAUGCUGAAGAACACCCCAAUACUCUUGCUCGACGAGGCUACCUCUGCAUUGGACUCUGCUACUGAGCAAGCUGUGCAGAUAGCAUUGGCCAAUCUGAGGGAGAAUAGGACAACUAUUGUCAUUGCACAUCGUCUCUCUACUAUAAGGCAUGCCAACCAGAUAGUGGUGCUGGAGUUCGGCAAGCUAGUUGAGAAGGGCACUCAUGAGGACCUUAUUAAACUACCAAACGGGAAAUAUAGAGAUCUGUGGGAGAAGCAGCAGAGAGGUAUCGAUGUUGAUCUGCACUCUGGUGGUGAGAUGCCCAGUAGUGAGGGCAGCGGUAGUAGCAAUGAGCAGCAGCCCAAAGCACACCCCCAUCCUAGCCAUACGUGAUAUAAUCGAGCAGUGAUUGUGACCCGAUCCUACUCCUAGCCUGGAGUAUCCUCUCUGUUAUCGCCGUAUGGAGUCCCGAUACCCAGCAGCGACUCUGAUCUCUGAGUUGGGGGGCUGUUGCAUUCUCCACCCCC